CUACACGAGGAGUGGAGUCAGAGCCUCGCCGGCUGCUCUGCCUGUGGAGGCGCUGCGGUCUGGAGUGCAACACAGCAAUGGUGUAAUUACGGUGUAUUCAUGUGGGCGUUGGGACUUGAUUGGUAUGGUCGUGCGCAGCGCUAUGUGCUGGCGGUACUGCUACGUGCCGGCUCUCAGAGCCAUCUCAGGCCGGAGAAACCGCCAGUUUCAAGUCCAGAGAGGAUUGCAUAGUAAUGUUAUUGAGGCUCUGAAAGCAGCAACGGGAACUGAAAACAUUUCUACGACAACUGCUGUCCGGGAGCAGCAUGGAAAAGAUGAAUCUUGUCAUAGUUGCAAACCUCCAGAUGCAGUUGUGUGGCCACAGAAUGUGGAGCAGGUCAGCAGAAUGGCUCGAAUCUGUUUUGAAAACGAUGUUCCUAUCAUCCCUUUCGGUACAAGCACAGGGCUGGAAGGAGGCAUCCUUGCUUUGAAGGGAGGUGUAUGCUUCAACCUCACAAAAAUGGACCAAAUUGUGGAGCUCAAUACAGCAGACUUUGACGUGACAGUUGAACCAGGAGUCACCAGAAAAGGCCUCAAUAACUACCUUCGGGACAGUGGCCUGUGGUUUCCAGUUGAUCCAGGUGCAGAUGCCUCCCUGUGUGGGAUGGCAGCCACCAGUGCUUCCGGUACAAACGCAGUGCGCUAUGGGACAAUGAGGGAAAACGUGAUCAAUCUGGAAGUGGUGCUGGCUGAUGGGAGAAUAGUGCACACAGCAGGAAAGGAACGAAGGUUUAGGAAGACAUCGGCAGGUUACAACAUGACUAAUCUUUUUGUCGGCUCUGAAGGGACUCUGGGAAUAAUCACUAAGACAACGCUGCGUCUCUAUGGAAUCCCAGAAUCCAUGGUCUCCGCAGUCUGUUCCUUUCCAACAGUGCAAGCAGCCAUGGACUGCACAGUGCAGAUACUACAGAGUUGCAUCCCCAUAGCGAGGAUAGAGUUCCUCGAUGAUGUGAUGGUCGAUGCCUGUAACAGGUACAGCAAUCUCAGCUAUGCCGUUGCAUCAACAUUAUUCCUGGAAUUCCAUGGCACUGACAGAAGUGUGGUGGAACAGGUUCAAGCCACAGAGGACAUAGUGAAGGCGAACAGUGGCUCCGAUUUCACUUGGGCCAAAGAUCAAGAAACGCGGAACAAGCUCUGGCAGGCGCGGCACAAUGCGUGGUAUGCCGCUCGAGCCAUCCGCCCGGGCUGUGAGGGUUAUUCCACAGAUGUCUGCGUCCCACUCUCAAAGCUACCGGAAAUCAUCGUGACCACGAAAGAAGAUUUGGUGAGGUCAAAGCUUACAGGACCUAUUGUAGGCCACGUAGGAGAUGGUAACUUCCACUGUUUGGUGAUGAUGGACACCCAGAAUGAGGAUGAAAUGACAAGGAUAAAAGAGUUCACCAAUAGAUUGGCCAGUGCAAGUUCAAAUGCAGACAGGAAAUAUCAAACUUCAUUAUAGGGAGAAACGUUACAUUGGGAAUACCAAUCCUUUUGAGAAUAUCGUGCCACACGCUGUUGGCCAAAUAGACUUGCACCUUCUUCCACUCCCAUCUGUGCAGGGAGAUAGUGAUAAUGUCACUGGACUAGUAAUCCAGAGCUCCAGGAAAUCUGUUUCUGAUCAGCAGUUGCUGCCACACCAUUGGCAAACUCAUCAACACCCAUCAUCAUCCUUCUACACUAAACAACACUUAGAGCAAGCUCUGAGUGGAAGACUUCAAUGUCCACCGAGAGUGUCUCAGUAACACCACUACUGACGAAUCCUGAAGGAUGUAGUUGCAAGGCUGGGUCUCUGGCAAGUGGCGUGGGUACCAAGGAGAGAGAAAAACAUACUUGACCUCCUCUUCACUAGUGUACCUGAAAUGACCGUACACAAUAGUAACACUGACGGGACACAGUGACAGUAACAGCGCACAGUCCUUGUGGAAACAAAGUUCCUGUCUUCACAUUAAGGAUACUCUCCAUUAUGUUGUGUGGCAGUACCACCAUGUUAAAUGGAACACAUCUUGAAAACAUCUAGAAGCUCAAAAUUUCGAGGUGCUGUGGCUGUCAGCAGCAACAGAAUUCAGCACAAUCACUAACGUGUCCUAUCGUCCUCUCCACCAUUACCAUCAAGACCAGAGAUCAAGUUUGGUUCAAUGAAGAGUGCAGGAGGGCUGAUCAAUCCUACAACCAAGCAUUGAUGCAUUGAGAAAAUUAAGGCACACACAAGAGUACUAUCACUUUUUGAGGACUGGGCUGGAUCCGAAUUUUGUACCUGGAGUUUGAACAAUGAGGGAUGCAUUUUGACCAAAUCAAACAUUUUCCUAACAUUUUGUGUUCAGAAGGAUUAGCGUUCUUAAAGAAGGGAACCUGAAAAUUAUUUUAAAACUCCGUGCCUGAAAUUCUCCAAUCCAGUUGGUCAGAGCUAAUCUCAAAUCCUCAAUCUACUUACCUGUGGAUGAGGACACCCAUUUUUUAAAAUCCACUUUUCAUAAGCUGACUCUGAGAUAUUUCCUAGUUUGAUCCUGCCAAGGGCAAAUAAGAAGUGGAAACAGCAGCAACAAGAUAAUGUAAGCAACAAUGAUAUUUCUGGAAGAACCACUGAUGCACCAAGUCAAUGGAGUGUCAUUUUGUUUUUUAUGUGGCAUCUGCCUCAGAAGACUGUGUGUGGCCCCAACUCCGUCACCACAUAGAAACACUGUGGACUAAAACGUAGCCAAUACAUCUUUCCUAGAAUUAUUCCAGAGUGUAGCUUAGGUCAGUGAUUUUCCAAAAUCACAACCUGGGAUAACUUUAACAGUGUGAACUGAACAGCGUUUUACAAGGAACAUAAGUGGUUUCAUGAGUAGGCCGUUCGACCAUCUGGAACCCUUUAUCGUUCAAACAUGAACACGGCCGAUCCUCUUUCUCCCUUCAUACCCCUUGACAUCUUUAGCCUUGAUGUAUCUAUUGUUUUCCAAAAUAUGUUCAAUGACCUGGCCUCCACAACCUUCAGGUGGUAGAGAAUUUCACAGGUUCACCACGUUUCUCCUAUUGAAAGACAUUUCUCCUAUUCUUAAUGGUCUACCAUGUAUCUGAGAUAGUUCCUCCUUGCCCUGGAACUCCCUGGCCAAAGGAAACAUCAUCCCUGUAUCCAGUCUGUUCAGCCUUCUGAGAAAUGUGUACCUUACAAUAAGACCACUUCUCAUAACACUCUUACAAUGAAGGCAAAUGCACCAUUUAUCUUUCUGUUUGCUGCUCCUUUAUGCUUGCUUUCUGUGAUCAGUGUACAGACACCUCGGUUCCUCUAUAAAUCAACUCCUCCCAAUCUGUCAGUACUUACUUUCUGCCAUUCUGUUUUUCCGUCCAAAGAGGAAACUUGACAUUUAUCCAUGUUAUGUUGCAUUUACCAUUGCAGCUGCCCAAUCUCUCAACCUGUCUGCGACUCCCUGACAGCUCCUUCAUCAUCAUCAUUUGCACUCUCACCUAUUGUUGAGACAUCAGCAAACUUCGAAAUAUUAGACUUGAUUCCUUCGUUAAAAUCAUUGAUAUAUAUUAUGAAUAGCUGUGGUUUAAGUUCUGAUCCCUGCAGUACCCUCCCUGUCACGACCUUCCACUUUAAAAAUUAUGCAUUUAUUCUUACUAUCUGUUUCUUGUCAGCUAACCAAUUCUUAAUCCAUGCCAAUGUACUACCACCUUUUGCAUGUGUUUUGGUUUUGCACACUAGCCUCUUAUGUGGGACUUUAUCAAAAGCUUUCUAGAAAUGUAAGUACACCACAUCCACUGGUUCUCCUUCAUAUAUACAAUUAGUUAUGUACUCAAGAAAACUCCAGUUUCCCAUUCGUAAAUUCAUGUUGACUUUGUAUAAUACCAUUGGUAUUUGUUAUCCUUGCAUUUCCCUAUGGCUGAUGUUAGGCCAGCUGGUCUGUAAUUCCCUGUUUAGCACCUCCCUCCUUUGUUAAGCAGUGAAGUUAUAUUUUCCACCCUCCAAUCUUCUGGGACUAUUCCAGAAUCUACAAAAUGUUGAAAGUGACAACCAAGGUAUCCACUAUAUCCGCGAUCACCUCCUUUACUUCUCUGGGAUAGAGAUUGUCUGGCCCUGGGGAUUUAUUAGCUUUCAGUCUUAUUAAGUUCUAUAGCACUAUUGUUUAAUUUCCUUUAAUUCCUCUUUCCUGAAAGAUCCUCGUUUCCCUAGCAUUCCUGGCAAGCUUUUUGUUUUCUUCUAAGACAGAACAAAGCUGAGUGUUUACUUGUUCUGCCAUUUCCUCACUCUCUAUCAUCAAUUCUCCUCAGGGGCCUAUAUUUGUCUUCAUUAAUCUGUGUCUUUUUGCACACUUAUAUUAGCUCUUGCACUUGGCUUUUAUGAUCCUUGCAAGUUUAAUCUCACACUCUGAUUUUCUGUCUCUCAAUCAACCUUUUAGUCCUCCUUUACUGAAUUUUAUAACUGCUCCAAGUCUAUUUUUGAGCAACUUUUCAUGAUUAAUCCUGAGAUCAAACGCUAUCUUUAAUUUCCUUUACUAGCCAUGGUUGGGCCUGAAAUGAGAAUAUAACUGUUGGAAAGCAUGCGUCCAUUUCUUAUAUGUUAAUCAUCACAUGUCCACUGUCAGGCUUUAUAUUGAGCUUACCCAGACAACGUAGCCACUCACCCCUCAUGUCUUCAUCAUUUCCUUUGUUUAGAUUUAGGACUCUAGUUUCAGAUUGGUCUACUUCACUUUCUAUUCCCAGCGACCACUUUUUCCCAAAGGACCCCACAAUAAGAUUAUCAAUUAACUGUUCCUCAUUACACAAAGCCAAAUAUAGAAUAGUCUGCCCCCGAGUUAGUUCCUCAAUGGAUUAGUUUAAAAGUCCUGGAAUUAAUCUACCGCAGCCUUGCAAUGAAUGUGGUUUUCCCAGUCUCUAUGUAGAUUAAAAUGACCUGAACUCCCUUAUUAAAUGUGUCUGUAACUUCCUGUUUAAUGCUAUCCUCUACCUUACUGUUUACUACUGAUGGCGUUUAGACAAUAAGAUAACUCAAGUGCAAC